AAGUUUUUUUAUUAAUCGAUAACAUGACAUUUUACACUUAAUUUAAAGAUGAACGUUACUCGAUCAAGUCAUUCUCUGAGAGAACAUUUUUACAAGUGUUUUUUUAAAAGUUAUUGUAAUCAACAAUUAAAUGAUUUUCCAAAAACAUUUCCAUCAAAAGAUGUACUUAAGUGGUAUCAGUUAUGGGAAAAGAAUAAUUUUUUCACUUUACAAAAUUGUGAUAAAGAACCAUUUAAAAUGAUAUUACCACCCCCUAAUGUAACAGGUACAUUACACAUAGGACAUGCAUUAACUGCAACAAUACAAGAUGUUUUAGCAAGAUGGAAUAGAAUGAAGGGUUAUCCAGUAAUAUGGAUACCUGGUUUAGAUCAUGCUGGAAUUGCUACACAAGUUGUAGUAGAAAAAUAUCUUUAUAAGACUAAAGGUUACAAAAAAACUGAUAUAGGAAAAGAACAAUUUCUUUCUCUUAUUUGGGAAUGGAAAAAUGAAAAGGAAAAUGUAAUCAAAAAUCAAUUGAGAUUAUUAGGAAGUAGUGUUGAUUGGUCCAAAGAAUAUUUUACGAUAAGUGAGAAUCAUAAUUUUGCAGUAACUGAAGCAUUAAUUAAACUGAAUGAAAGAAAUAUGUUGUAUAGAGAUAAAGAUUUAAUAAAUUGGUCUCCAUCUUUACAAAGUGCUAUAUCUGAUAUUGAAGUUGAGUUUGUAGAAUUAACAGGAAAAACAGAACUAGAAGUUCCUGGUUAUAAAAAAAAAGUAACAUUUGGACAACUGAUCAAAAUAGCAUAUCAGAUUAAAGAUUCAGAGAAUGAAUUAAUUGUUGCAACAACUAGGCCAGAAACUUUAUUAGGAGAUGUAGCUAUAGCUGUUCAUCCAGAAGAUGAUAGAUAUAAUAAAUAUAUUGGUCGAUAUGUUUGGCAUAGUCUCAGAGAAACUUUUAUACCUAUAAUUGGAGAUACUUCUGUUAAUGCAACAUUUGGAACUGGUGCAGUCAAAAUUACACCAGCACAUGAUCAUCUAGACUACAAAAUCGCGAAAGAUCAUGGGUUAGAAAUCAUUGAUACUAUUGAUGAACAUGGAAAUAUAAUAACAAAUAAUGCUAAUUAUAAGGGCCUUCCAAGAUUUCUGGCACGUGAUAAAAUGUUAAAUGAAUUAACUAACAGAGGCCUUUUAAGAGGCAUAGAAAGUCACAAAAUGACUUUACCUAGAUGUUCAAGAUCUGGUGAUAUUAUUGAAUAUUUAUUAAAAGAACAGUGGUUUGUUAGAUGUAAAGAUAUGGCUCAGAAAGCAUUGCAAGCUGUAAAAGAUGGAUCUCUAAAAAUUGACCCUAAUAUUUAUGAAUCAUUGUGGUAUAAUUGGUUAGAAAAUAUUAGAGAUUGGUGUAUUUCGAGACAAUUAUGGUGGGGUCAUCAAAUUCCAGCAUAUGAGAUAAAAACUGAGCAAAGUAAAAAAACUGAAUGGAUAAUUGCACGUUCAAAAGAAGAUGCAUUGUUUAUUGCACAAAAAAAAUAUGGUGUUCAUGUUGAAGUACAUCAAGAUAAUGAUGUUUUAGAUACAUGGUUUUCUUCUGCACUACUUCCUUUUACUACUAUGGGUUGGCCACAAAAGAUGGAAGAUUUUAAAAAGUAUUAUCCUUUAACGCUAAUGGAAACUGGACAUGAUAUACUAUUUUUUUGGGUUGCACGAAUGGUGAUGUUAGGAUUAGAACUAACAGGACAACUACCUUUUAAAGAAGUUUUACUUCAUGGUGUUCUAUGUGAUGCUCAAGGAAAAAAAAUAUCUAAGAGUCUUGGUAACGUUAUUUCUCCUGAAAAUAUUAUUAAUGGUAUAUCUUUGCAGGAUCUCAAUGAACAAUCGAAAGAAAGUUAUAAUGCUGGCAUUCUCAAUAAAACAGAACUUAAACGAACUUUAACAGUUAAUGGUAAAAUGUUUCCUAAUGGAAUAUCAGCUUGUGGAGUUGAUGCAUUACGUAUGACAUUAUGUGCUCAUAAUAUUAAAAAUCGUACCGUCUCCUUCAAUAUUAUUGAAUGUCAACAAAACUAUUUCUUUUGUAACAAAAUUUGGCAAGCAAGUAAAUACAUAUUAUUAAUGGUAACUCCAGAUAAAUAUUGUAAACCUGAAAGAUUUACAACUUUAGAUUCUUGGAUUUUAAGUAGAUUAUCAUUAAUGGUGGAAGAAGUUAAUACAGGUUUUGUGGAACGAAAUUUUUAUAAAGCAGUUGCUGCAAUAAAACAAUUUAUCUAUUAUGAAUUUUGUGACAUUUAUUUGGAAGCAACUAAAUGGGGCUUUAGAAGCGAAGAAGAACUUGUGGUUAUAAGCCACACGUACACGUUAAUUAAUUGUUUAGAGGUAUCUUUACGAAUUCUUACUCCUAUUACACCAUUCUUAACUGACGAGUUAUAUUCAAGACUUUCAAAACAAUUACCAUCCUUUUUAUCAUUGUCUUCAUUGUCAGAAGCACCUUAUCCUACAACAGAGGAGUUUAAAGAUUUACGAAACGAAUUGUUGGAUGAAAGAAUGAACAGUAUACUAAAUCUAAUAACUGAAAUUAGAAGCUUUACAGCUAAUAUCAGCAAAAAGUUAGAGCCAGAAGUUCACAUUGUGGUGGAUAGUUCUGAAGAUCAUGAAUUUUAUACAAAGAAUAUAAAUGCAAUUAAAGGAGCUAGUAGAAUAUGGAAUGUAUCAAUAUAUUUAAAAGAAAAUUAUGUUAAAACUGCAAAUAGUAUUCACGAAGAACUUAAUUCGAAUUGUUCUCUAUUUUUACUAGUACAGGACAAAUCAACAUUGGAUCAAAUAUUGCAAAUUAUAGAAAAAAGAAAAACAAGAGGAGAAAAUAAAUCAAGAAAGUCAAUGAAAAUUUGAACAGAUAUAGAACUCUAUAGGACAUGUAGAAGAAAAAAAAAGUACAUAAUUUGAAAAUUGCAUUUUUUGUUUUGUUUUCAAAGCAAGAGUUAGAAAAUUCCAAUAGUGAUAUAUAAAAAGCAAAAAGUAUAGACAUGCAAUUUAUUCAUAUUAAUAUGAGUAUCGAUAUGAGAAUGAUCAACAUGUAUUUACGACAGAAAUAUUUCUAUUAUGUUAGAGAUACAUGUAAUAGAAUUCAAUAGAAUUUCAAUCACCUAUAUAAUAUCUGAAUACUUUACAAGUCAAUUUCAAUACAAGUUGUAAAUAUCACAUUACAUAUGGUAUAGAUAAUAAUUUUUACUUUAUGAAAUAGAAUGCAUUUAUUGUAAGACAGCAAACGAUUCAUGAGAAAAUGUUUCUGUAAAAUAUGAGGAAAAAAAUAUGAGGAAUCUGCAAAUACUACUUGCGAAAAUUCGAACAAUGCUUUUCAUUUAUUAAUUAAUUAUGUACAGAAUCUCGUGUACAGUGCUAUAAACACAUUUCUAUAGUGACACUUGUAAGGCAGAAGAGUGUUAUGUUGCACAAGAAACAUAUUUCACAGAACUCUUUGUUAAAAAAAUUAUGAUUAAAUGGAUUAAAUCGUGUUUUCUUUUUUCAAA